AUGCGGUCGACCGUGCUCGCAUCGAGGGCUUUGUCCUCCUCGACAAAAGCACUCGCGGCAAGCAACGACAAAAAGCGCAUCGCCGUCCUCGGCGGUGGCAUCUCUGGCCUCACCUCUGCAUACCGCCUGGCGCAACAGCUCCCCAAAGACCGAUACGACAUUGUUCUUCUCGAACAUCAAAAUAGGCUCGGUGGCUGGAUCCAGUCCGAACGCAUCGCUCUUCCAUCUAGAAAUAGCACCGCCUCGAGCAACGCUACGGCGCUCAUCGAGAAGGGUCCACGCAGUAUUCGACCUGCCGGCUACUCUGGCUUGAUGAUGCUGCAGCUUGUUCAGUCGCUCGGACUGCUUGAACGCAUGCUCAAGAUCCCAAAGACAGCACCCUCCGCGCAAAAUAGAUACCUAUACUUCCCCGACCGGCUCGUCAAGCUCCCCAGCAGCAUUCCUUCGCUCUUGUCGGCACUCUUCAAGCUGCCCUUCCUGCGCGCCAUCAUCCCGGGCGUGCUGCGCGAACCUCGUGUGCCUUCGCGCUUCCUGCGCCCCCGCUCCGAGUCCAAAUCGGAACAGCAACGUCUGCAGCAGCGAGAGUGGAUCGAGGACGAGAGCGUUGACUCGUUUGUCUCACGACGUUUUGGGAAAGGUCUGGCGGAGAACCUGCUUUCCGCAGUCAUCCAUGGUAUCUAUGCAGGCGACACAAGAAAGCUCAGUGUUCGUGCUGUGCUUCCAUUCCUUUGGGAAGCUGAGCGAACUCACGGCGGCGUGUUGCGCAGCAUGCUUCCUAUCAAGAGAAACAAACUUCACCGAUCCCUGCCGGAGUCCGAGGCGGCGGUGAAAGCGGCCAAGGAGGAUCGACUCAAAGAUGUGGAAUCGCAGUUGGGUAAGGAGAUGAUUGACAGCUUCAAGUCCAUCAGUGUCUACAGCUUCCCCGAAGGCGUAGAGGAGCUUACGCAGGCCCUCGAGUCGCGAUUGGCCGAAAUCGAGAAUGUUCGUGUUUGCAAAGGUGAUGCUGUUCAGUCGGUCAUCGUCGACAGCACCGGACAAACCAUAUUGCAGACAAAAAAAGGAGAGAGAAUUGAAGCGGACCGAAUUGUCUCGAGCAUUCCAUCGGCCCGACUCGCCGACAUCCUCCCAACCAACGCAGAACUACCGCAUCUCAAGCACAAUCCAUCGGCAAACGUUGGUGUCGUCAACCUCGCCAUCUCACCCGACGCUGUUGCAUCCUCAAGCAAGCCGAUAGUGCCUGUCGAAGGGUUUGGUUACCUCAUCCCGCGCACGACGCCGGCGAACGAAGACGGCAUCCUUGGCGUCGUCUUUGAUAGCGAUGCGAUUCCGGAGCAGGACUCGGCUGAUGCGGCUUCGCGACCGAUCAAGCUCACUGUCAUGAUGGGUGGGUCACACUGGUCUGCACUCGAGACGCUUCCGCGCGAAGAGGACUUGAAGGCACGUGCUGUCAAGGCUGUCUCUCAGCACCUCGGUAUCGAUCGUUCGUUGCUGGAAGAUGCAUCGAAGGUCAGCAUCACACCGACGCUGCAGAAAGACUGUAUCCCUUGGUACCUCGUCGGCCACCCGAUGCGAAUGUCGCAACUGCACAAGGCGCUCGAAAAGAACGAGACGCUUGCAAACAGGCUGACUCUUGUCGGAGCUAGCUAUACGGGUGUCAGUCUCAAUGACUGUGUAGCGUACGCGACGGAAGCGGUUGAACAGAUUGUCGACGCUGAGCUGCACGGUGGCGACAAGGUCGUUACCGGCCUGCGCUCCUUUGCCAUCCCUCCCGUCGCACCAUCUCGCAUAUCGACGAGCAGUGCCGCCAAAGCAAGAAACGGUGACACACGUCCAGCCACGCAGCCGCAAGGUCUCAUGGGCCCGACCACUGCUGCGCCGACACAGUUUUCGCUUGCACGCGGCAUCCACACGCGCACCUUCUCCACCACCCGAAGAGCGUCCAAUGCCCCUUCAUCGCCAUCUUCUCUUUCGUCUGGCACUGGAGAAGUGAAGUCAACGAAAAACCUCAACGAGAUCCUGCUGGACAGCAUUCGCGCGUCCGGCCCCAUGCCCGUCUCGACAUACAUGCGCACCUGCCUGCUCGACCCGAUGCAGGGCUACUACUCCUCUGCCAAUUCACCCACCACUUCACGCGAAGUGCUCGGCAGCCGGGGUGACUUUAUCACGUCCCCCGAGAUUUCGCAGGUUUUCGGAGAGCUCGUCGCCAUCUUCUACCUCGCGCGAUGGCAAGCAGUCGGCGCGCCUUCCGCCACACGGAUCAUCGAGCUCGGACCUGGCAAGGGAACGCUGCUAGCCGAUAUGUUGAGGACGUUUGCGGCGUUCAAGCCGUUCAUAGCGACGCUGAAGCGUAUCCACCUGGUCGAGACGAGUGAUGGGUUGAUGGAGUUGCAGCUCGCUGCGAUCAAGGAGGCGCUGGCGGUGGCGGGCAAGAAGGUGGUCAGUGCCGAGGAGGAAGUGGGGGAGGACGGGGUGGUUGUCGAGUGGUUCCCGGGUGUUGACAUGGUACCGGUGGUGCCAGAGGAGUUCACGAUCCUCACUGCACACGAGUUCUUUGAUGCGCUACCGACGCACAUUUUCGAGAAAGGCCAGGAUGGCAAGUUCAGAGAGGUGCUGGUGGGGAUCAAGCCCAAGUCGGCCAUCACUGUGUUGAGACCCGGGCAGGAUCUGCAGGCGAAAGAGAAGGAGGAGCUCGGGUUCGUGCUCAGCCCGACGCCGACACCCUGGGCCCAGAUGCUUGUGCAGAACAAUCCGCGGUUCCAGCACCUGCAGCCCGGUCAGCGGGUUGAAGUGAGCCCCGAAGCGUGGGCGGUCGCUCGACGCGUAGGCGAGCUCGUCGCUGGUCGCCCUGCUUCCCCGCCCACUUCCCACGUCGCCCCCUCCUCCACCGCUGCCCCCGGAUCCGCUGAAGCCGAAGCUGAAUCCCAACUCGAAGCCGACCGCCUCGAUGCCAACCGCCGUCUCGAACACACCCGCCUCUCGCACCCCACCGCCGGCGGAAUCGGCCUUAUCAUCGACUACGGCGGCGACACGGCCUAUGGCUCCUCAUUCCGCGCCUUCCGCAACCACACACUCGUGCCCGUAUUCGAAGCACCCGGAAACGUCGACCUCACCGUCAACGUCGACUUCCUCCACCUCAAGUCGGCGCUGCACACCACCGACGCGCGCUAUCUUGGACCCAUCGACCAGGCCGACUUCCUGGUGGGCAUGGGCCUGCAGAUGCGUACGGAGCGCCUGAUCAAGGGCAAAUCAGAGACGGACGAGAAGAGGAUCAAGGAUGCUGCCAACCGCCUGAUUGAUGAGACGGGCAUGGGCGUUCAGUACAAGGCGCUGGCUGUGAGCGGCAGGCCGUUCGCGCGGGAGGAGGCUGUGAAGGCGAAUGGCGACGAGGGCGCUGAUGGCAGAACAGCUGACCCCGAUAUCUACCCUUUCGAGUUUCAGCAAUGA